AUGGCCACUGCGGGAAAAGUUAUCAGGUGCCGAGCUGCUGUUGCCUGGGCCCUGGGCAAACCACUCUCUAUUGAGGAGGUGGAAGUUGCACCUCCAAAGGCUGGGGAAGUCCGGAUCAAGAUUGUGGCCACAGGCAUCUGUCACACAGAUGAUCACAUUUUGAAAGGUUCCUUGCCUAAUGUGGAAUUCCCAGUUAUACCAGGCCAUGAAGGAGCUGGGAUUGUGGAAAGCAUUGGAGAAGGAGUGACCAGUGUGAAACCAGGAGACAAAGUGAUCCCCCUUUGCAUCCCUCAGUGUGGGGAAUGCAGCUUCUGCCAGAAUCCUGAAUCCAACUGCUGCCAGUGGUGCCAUCUCUCUGAACCACAAAAUCUGCUGCCGGACAAGACCAGCCGCUUCUCUUGCAAAGGGAAGCAGAUCCACCACUUCAUGUGGGUCAGCACCUUUGCAGAAUACACUGUGGUCCCAGAGUAUGCCGUUGCCAAGAUAGACGCUGCGGCACCUCUGGACAAAGUCUGCGUGUUCGGCUGUGGGUUUUCCACAGGCUAUGGAGCUGCCAUCAACACAGCCAAGGUAAAACCAGGCUCCACCUGUGCCAUCUUCGGCCUCGGAGGAGUUGGCCUCUCUGCUGUCAUGGGCUGCAAGGCAGCUGGAGCUUCCCGCAUCAUUGCCGUGGACAUCAACAAGGACAAGUUUGCCAAGGCCAAGGAGAUGGGAGCCACCGACUGCAUCAACCCUCGAGACUUCAAGAAGCCCAUCCAGGAGGUGCUCACUGAGAUGACCGGGCAGGGCGUGGACUACUCCUUUGAGGCCAUCGGCCACGCGGACACCAUGAUUGCUGCCUUGGCUUCCUGCAACAUGAGCACUGGCGUCUGCAUAAUGAUUGGUGUACUUGAUUCUGGUUCAGAGAUUUCCAUCGAUCCCACACUUCUGCUCACUGGCCGUACCUGGAAGGGGACUAUGCUCGGAGGCUGGAAGAUGAGAGAAUGUGUCCCCAAAUUAGUUUCCAGCUAUUUGGAGAAGAAAUUCAAUUCAGAUUUGCUGAUCACGCACACGCUGCCAUUCGCCAAACUGAACGAGGGACUUGAGUUGCUACACGCAGGAAAAAGUAUCCGCACUGUCCUGCUCUUCUGA